CUUGAAUUAAAGUAGCUGAGACGUGAAUAUCGAUAGACGCUCGUCAGUCUGGAACAUCUCUCUUCGUGGCUAGCUUUUUCGUAACUGUUAUUAAUUGAUAUAUUCGAAAGAUCAUGGACAUCGCAAGCGUUGGGUUAAGUCUGUACACUGGCAGUAUGGAUCCUCCUGUAGACGACCAGGCUCAAGAAGACGAAGAAGAAGCUGAGGAGGAACGACAACGUCAGCACGAGAUGAAAAACCUUUUAGCCAACGCCUUCGACGAUCUCGAAGACUCGGAGCUGCAGCAGUCGAGUUACUAUCCUCCUGGAGAUCAAGACGGAGGUGAUACAGAACGAGAUAUGUUUUCCGACGUCCGGGCUAACGAUCCUACCGGUAACGUCAGUAGGAGUUUUCAAGUUCACGAAAAUGGGGGUAAUCGGGCUAAAUCUAGCGAUGCUUGCAAAAUCUUACAUGCUGCUGGUGCGGUGAAUGGACAUCCUAGAGAUAAUUAUGACGAUCGCCGGAACAAUGUUUAUUAUGGCACGCAACAGAAUGAUCCACAUCCGCACUACACCAGAAAUAACGAAAAAUAUCAAGACAUCAAUGGCCAAACCGGAGAAUAUGGAGAAGGAAACUAUGGACACGAGUCUGAUCGAAGCGUAACUCCAUGGAGCGAUAGAAGCAACUCCAUCACGUCCUCCAAUUACCACCAUGGAGCCGACGUUGGUGUAAACCCCGAGGCGAUGCGGUUGAACUUGCAGGAGAACACAGAUGUUUCUUACGAUGCUAGAGGCGGCCAAUUAAUAACAACGUCUCGUGAUGGUUCGGAUUCCUUGAUGCCACUACAGCAAAACCUUCUGGGCGCAGGUUCGCCGCUUGGUCAACUCAAACUCCUUUAUGAGGCACGAGGGCGCGAGCUUGAUAAAAUGGCUGCUGAAAUUGAACAGCUACGAGCCGAGAAGUUGAGUCAGGUGUCAUAUUUACAGCAUGAAGUGACGCUCUUAAAGGGUGAGAAAGAUAGGCUCGAACUCAGCCGAUCACAAUCGCAAAUUUUGCUCACUGAAAUGGAAGGUCAGAUGAGAAGUCUUCGAACUGACCACCAAAAGACUUUAGACGAACUCACCGAAGUUAAAGCUGAUCGCACAAGACUGAGACUUAAGCUUCAGACUGCUGAAUCUCACAUCAAGACAUUAGAAGAGAAUAUUAGCGACUUACAGUCAGUCGAUUCGCUUGCCAAAAACCGACAAAUGCAUGAAGAUUUUCUGGCCAAACUUCAGAGUUCGCAUCGUGACGAGUUGAAAGCCUUGCAUGUUAAACUUAGCAAUGCUGAUCAUGCGCUUCAGGACGAGAAACAUCGGUUUAUGGAGCUUCAAGCAGAAUUGCAGUUAACCCGCGAAAAACAUGGUUGUAUUUUGAUGGAAAAAUCACGCAUUAUAAAAGAAUUGCAGUCCAGUUUAGAAGCCAGUCAGCAGCAGUGCGACUCGCUUCUUGCUGCCAAUCGGGCUAGCGAUAGUGCUCAUGCACUGCGGCAGAAGAUCGAAACUUUAACUGAGGACAAAAAGCAACUUGAGAAGGAACUGGAAAUUGCCAGAGCAAAGUGUGAAGAGCGUAAAGAAGCUCUUGAAAACUAUGACACUGCAUUAAAAUUAGGAGUUCUUUCUUCUGUCAUCCCGUCGGACGAUUCGAUGGCACAGCUUCGAAUUGGGGCUCAAAAACAAUUAACUUACGAAGACACGCUCGUAGCGUCUGAAACCGAGGCUGCAGAUGACAGUAAACCUGGUGCAUCGGACACUAGUCUGGUGCGCAAAUUGAGGGAGGAAUGUCAGCACGGUCUUCAGGUUAUCAAACAUAUGCGUGAUCGCGUGGAGGAGCUCAGUCAGGAACUUGGUGAACAAACAAAGACCAUAAGGAAACUGCAAGCGCAGCUGAAGUCUUGUCAAGUGGAUGUUGACGUCCACGUCAGUACAAUUAAAACGCUCACUGAUGAAAAUAAUAAACUUUCUGAGCAGUUGUCCAAAGCAAGGCCUGAGUGCUUGUCAUUGAAAACUGAAAACAGUUCCCUGAAAGAAGAACUUGCGUCAGCUCUCCGUCAAGUAUCAGUCCUCCUUCGGUCGGGGAAUGAGCUGAAAAAAGUGAUCCAGAGCAUGGAAGAAUCGAGCGUUCCUUCCUCAAAUUAUGGUGAGCUGGCUUCACUUUUGAUCAAUCACCGGAAAGCCAUCGCCCAGGUCGAGAACUUUAAUCAAUUACGCUGGUCAGAGUUGCGCAAGGAGACCGAUGAGCUUGUUAAAGACAGGUUCCUCUGGACUGAACGCGUCGGUGAUAUAGUUGCUACUUUAGAUUCUCUGAAGAUCAAAAUCUGCGAAAUGCCUAAUAUAGACUCAAAUAUUUUGAAGUCUUUGAAAGAUCUCUUUAAAGAUUUCAAAAAUCACGCGUCUCGGGUAAGAGAAGCACAAGCUGCCCUCGUAGAAAAGUACACGACUGCGCAAAAUGAUCUUUGGACGGUUAAGCUAUCACUUCAGAAACUAGAAAAUAGUGAUGCUUGUAAUCGCAAUCGUAUUCAAGAGUUGUCGGACAAGCUGGCGAAUGAAAUACAGAAUGGUCGAAAAGUGUUAGAAGAUUCUCUAGAAACGUCCAAACGGACGUACCUUAAGUUCCACGAAGACGCCAUCGCUCACCACAAAAGAGAGUUUGAUGUUGUUCGGGCUAAGCUCGAAGAAAAUAUUGAGUCGUUGAACAAAGAAUUGACCGAAGUCAAGGCCCUCUAUGUUUCCGUGUGCAAAGAAAAAAAUGAACUUGAAAAGCAGCUCGAAGGAGAUUCCAAAGAUGAAGACUCUGGUAUCAGUAGCGAUCGCCUAAGAUCUGCCGUAAAUGCUGUAACCUCUAAGUACGAAAAAUAUAUAUUGGGUCUCAAACAGAAUCAUCAGCAAGAACUGCUAUCUAUCGGCCAGGUCAAAUCUGUAUGCUCUGCCGAGGUGCAGACAAGUCUAGUUAACACCGAUGAUCCAGCAAGGUCUCUGUCAAGCAACUCUCCAAUUUCAUCAAAUAUAUCGCGGGCCGAAUUGAAUAUUGUCUCACCUAACGCAGAAGAAGCGGAAGAUUCUCAUAUCGCCGUAAAGAAACUUGGCUCACAGUUGAACGCUAUCAACAGUAAGGUGUCAGAGCUCAUCGGCGGUAUUCAAGAAGGGCAAGUGGCCAAAACUCAACAAAUAACCGACUCUUUGGAAUCUUAUAGGCAAAAAUUUCUUAUUUUAGAGCGCCAAAUAUACGCAGCCUUGACGCCCGAAGAGCGCGGCUACACUUUAUCAGUAUUCGAAGAUUCAUUCGCCAGAGAGACCGCAGAAGGGAUCAUCAGUGAAUAUAAAAACACAAUUGCGAAAUUGAAACUAGAAAACAAAAAAUUACAGGAAUCGUUUGAAGUGCGAGUCCGAGAUUUGCUGCAGCAAGUCAAACUUGUUUCGGAAUCCAACGAGAAGAUGAUGAACGAAAUGGCCAAUAUCCAAAGGCAGCAUAGCGCCAGCAAAGCCGAGGGCAUUGAUGUAGAAUCUAUUGUAGAAUCUAUUGAUUCGUUGCGACACCAAAUGGAGCUCAUGUCAAAAGAUCACGCAGAAGUUGUUUGUAGACGUGAUGCCGAAAUCAAGGAACUUAAUUCUUCCAGAAACGUCGAGCAGUUGCGCUUCGUGCAAGAACUCAACAAUCUAAAGGAAGAAAUGUCUCUAGCUAAGAAAGAAGUAGACGAGCUCAACCAGGAGCUUGUCUUGGAGAGAGAAGCUGGGAUAGUUGCAAGGAACAAACUAAAAGAUAAAUUUCGUCGUCUCCAAGCAUAUGUUGAGGAAGUACGGAACGCCGCCGAUAAGAGAGUGGAUCAUUACAUCAAGGAGGCAGAGAGAGUUCAGCGGGAGGGCGACGAAAACCGACUAAAAAUUUUCAAAUGUUUCCAAGCGUAUCUCGAUAGAGCCAAGGACAAGCUCGAGGACAGCGUACGUCUCAUUAUUCGCGCCUGUGAAGAGAACCCUUCGCGAGAUCUUCAUUAUGUUCCGAAGUUGGCCAGGAGUAUUCUGUUAACAUUGGAGGAACUUAAACUUGACGAAAGCCUACUGCAACCAAAAGUUCGGAAGCUGAUACCUACCCCUGGUAGUAAAAAAAAGGAAGCAGGAAAUUUGAACGAAAUCAAGCCUGCUGCCUAAGGUGUACAUGAAACAGACAUUAUUUUUUUAAUCUUAU